AGAAACUUAGUAGGAUCGAUCGCCUAUAAAUAGCAAGGAAGAAAAUAAACAAUUACAACCAUUCCUACGUACUACUAGACUAGUUUAAUUCGUCUACGUACGUAAUUAAUCAAACAUAAUUAGUUUGAUCUAUCCCCCAUAUCAUCAUCAUACCAUGGCUGAGGAGAACCACGGCCACCACUUCGUCCACCACCACUUCCUCCACCACCACGACCACAAGGAGGAGGAGGGGCCCAUUGACCACAAGAUGGAUGAGAAACACCACAAAAAGCUUGAGCACCUCGGUGAGGCCGCCGUCGCUGCUGCCGGAACCUUCGCCCUGCAUGAGAAGCAUGAAGCAAAGAAAGAGGGGGAGCAUGCACACAGGCACAAGAUAGAGGAGGAAGUGGCGGCGGCGGUGGCGGUCGGAGCCGGAGGAUUUGUGUUCCAUGAGCACCAUGAGAAGAAGGAGGCCCAUAAGGAGGAGAAAGAGGAACACCACCACCACCGCCGCCACCAUGGCCAGUUUGCCACCAACCUUAAUUAAUUUCACUUUAUCAUUCAUCCGUAAUUACUGACUAUUACGGAUGGAGUAUUAUUAUUAUUAUACAUAUUAUUAUUGCUUCUAAAUAAUGUCAUCAUGUCAUAUAUAUGACCAGCCAUAUACCAGCUUGUUGCUUCACUAAUUAUCAUUGUCUGCAUGCUUUGUAUGUUGUACUCUUCUGUAUAAUCCUUUUGCGUGUAUGUACUUAUCCUAAUAUGGAGUAUGUACUCCGUAAUAAUAAUUUAUAAAAAAAGAGUGCGUGUUUAAUUACCUUUUGUUAGCAAUAUUUUAUUUUGAAUGUUGUUAAUUUUAUUACAAUGUAAUAUCUGUUUAUAUAUUUAUCAAUCUAAAGAGACACAGAGUGAGUGCCAACUUAUUUUAUUAAUUUAAUGAGACACAAAAAGCCAAUGUCUUUGCCUCUCAUCGAAUUGAACAUAAGUAAAUUUUUUCAUGAAUC